CCUCUCAUCUUAAAUUUUCAUCCUAGUUGUGUUCUUCUGGCGAUAUGGCACAUGUAGAGUUCGGUUCUGUACAGUCCUGUUCUGGUGGCGCUUCUCCAGCGAUGGAUUUUGAAAAGGAGAAAGAUCCUGGACAUCACAGUGGGAACAAAACCGGGUCACCGCCAUCGCAAUCUCAGCUCUCCCAACAGGGGAUGGAGGGAAUCAAAGUUUAUUUGCACGAAAGAGAUCUGUGGGCAAAAUUUCAUGAUGUCACUACAGAGAUGAUCAUCACUAAAGCUGGCAGACGGAUGUUUCCCAGCUAUAAAGUAAAGGUAACAGGUCUUAACCACAAAGCGAAAUAUAUCUUACUGAUGGACAUUAUUGCAUCCGACGAGCACCGGUAUAAAUUUGCCGAUAACAAAUGGUCUAUAAGUGGUAAGGCUGAACCUGCGAUCCCAGGCAGACUGUAUGUCCAUCCAGACUCACCGGCCUCAGGUGCUCACUGGAUGAGACAGCUUGUCUCUUUCCAGAAACUCAAGCUCACCAACAACCACCUGGACCCUUUCGGACAUAUCAUUUUAAACUCCAUGCAUAAAUACCAGCCUCGCCUACACAUAGUGAAAGCUGAUGAAAGGAACAGUUUUGGCUCUAACAACACGAGUUUCUGCACACACUCUUUUCCUGAGACGGCCUUCAUCGCUGUGACUUCGUACCAGAACCAUACAAUCACUCAGCUGAAGAUCGAGAAUAAUCCAUUUGCCAAAGGCUUCCGUGGAAAUGACGAUAUCGAACUGCAUCGUAUGUCUCGUACACCAAGUAAGGAGUACCCACUGGUUCCACGUACUACUGCAAGACAAAAAGUGGCUCCUCCUUCUCCAGACUGUCCAUCUUUGUCCGAAUACACCAUGCCACAAAAACCCAGCCCUGGCUACGCCUGCUCCGACACUUCAGGUGAUCAUGACCAAACCCUCACUGAAACUCCUCCCAUUAGUGACCCCACAUACCACCCCUUCACCUAUCAGGUCUCUCCUGAAGUGGCCCCCUGUAAUAUGGAUACUGCACAGAAUCAACCUUGCAUGUAUGGAGGCUCUCAGGUGGCCACGGAGGACCAUAGGUGGGCAUCUUACAUGGACAGCAAUACUUACCAAAGCUUUUCCUCCGCUAAAGAAAUGGUUGGAAAUUUUGGUCCCGACUUCUCUCAGGAACUGUAUCCGCAAUACACCUGUGAGGUGGGUGUCCAGUCGCACUGCAUGAUGACCGAUUUCCCGCUUUAUGCUUGCAAUCGAUCAUUUAGCCAAAAUCAACAAACAAACAGCUGGUGUGGAGGCAGCUGAGCAAGUACGUGGGAUGUGUGUAUGUCUGCUUGAGAGACCAAGAGUCUGUGAAUGGUUUUCGUAACUUCCUUAUAACUUUAUCCUGAAUGUUUUGCCCCUCAGUUUCUGUCUAGUUGUUAAUCACAUGCCAGUUUACAUCUGUCAUAUUAUUCUGUUAUAAAGUCACAAUAAACACAUAUAUAAUACAUAAAUACAUUAAAAUAGAAAAAUAGAGAAAAUAAAAUAAACAUUAAGUAGAUUUAAGCAGGGUUUCUUUUAUUUAUUAGUAUAAUAGGUUCUAAUGCAUUCUUUAUAAUUUAAUGUUUAGAAAAACUGGCCAUAAUACACUCACCUAAAGCAUUAUUAGUAAAACCUGUUCAAUUUUUCAUUAAUGCCAUUAUCUAAUCAACCAAUUAAAUGGCAGUUCCUUCAAUGCAUUUAGGGGUGUUGUCCUGGUCAGAGACAAUCUCCUGAAGUCCAAACUGAAUGUCAGAAUGGGAAAGAAAGGUGAUUUAAGCAAUUUUGAGUGUGGCAUGGUUGUUGGUGCCAGACGGGCCGGUUUGAGUAUUUCACAAUCUGCUCAGUUACUGGGAUUUUCCCGCACAACUAUUUCUAGGGUUUACAAAGAAUGGUGUGAAAAGGGAAAAACAUCCAGAAUGCGGCAGUCCUGAGGGGGAAAAUGCCUUGUUGAUGCUAGAGGUCAGAGGAGAA